ACGGGGAAGUCCGGUUCCCAGCGCGAUGGCCAGAUCGGCUCCGCUCGCCGAUGGCCCGGAGAGGAAGCAGGUUCGGCAACAGGUAUACCGGAUGGCCGCUCCUCCUCGCAUCCGUAUAGUGGCGGACCCGGCACCAGUCGCCCGCCAGCAGCACGCCGGCGAUUCAACCUUGUCAGACGACGACGGUAGUAGAAUCCUCGCCGCACGCGCUACCCAGGAUAUCGCGACGACACGACCUUGAGCGCUCCGGACGGUGCACUGCGCCCAAGGCCCUCGGUGCCAGACAAUGAAUUCUCGCAAUGGCAUAAUUGUUCUGACAGUUCUGGCCACACUGCUGGCCUCAGCAGUUGGCCAGGGAAUCUUCGGCGGGCAGCUGCCUCCCAGUCGACCAGGAAGACCUCAAAGUAUAACUGGCAUUAUCAACCUGCUGCGUUACCAAAACCAGCCGUGUGAAGGUCGCAACAACCAAAAUGGAACAUGUGUCAGCGAACAGGACUGCAUUGACCGGAAAGGAACGGAAGUCAACAGAUGCGCCAACGGCUUCGGAGUUUGUUGCUACGUGAGCUUCACGUGCGGCAAGUCCACGAGCGACAACGAAACGGAGUUCGUGAACCCCAACUACCCGAACGGCGAGAACGGCACGGACACCUGCCAGGUGACAAUCGAGAAGCAGAACAACGUGUGCCAGCUGCGGCUCGACUUCCUCGAGUUCAGCCUGGCCCAGCCCGACGAGAACGGACAGUGCAUCACCGACUCGUUCAUGGUCCGAACGACGGUCGGAGAGCGCCUGCCCAUUCUCUGCGGAGAGAACGCGGGACUGCACUUGUACGUGGACAUGGGCAGAAGUUCGGGGAAUCCUGUCGUGCUUAGCGUAGUCAGUAACGGGGACAAAAUGACUAGAAGAUGGCGCAUCAAGAUCAGCAUGGUGCAGUGCAACAGCCUCGACAUAGCUCCUGCCGGUUGCCUGCUGUACUACCGAAGCCCUAGCGCCAUCGUGCGGAGCUUCAACUACGGUCCCAUGGUGGAGCACAGGGUCCGUUACUUGAGCAACCUCCGCUACUCCAUCUGCAUCCGCAUGGAGGAGAACUACUGCUCCAUAAAGUGGGAGACCGAGUCCAACUCGUCCUUCUCGUGGGGCAAGCCAAUCGACCGGGGUGCAAACGGCACCAUCUGCAACAUGGACGACUUCGUGGGCAUUGACCAGGGCUCGACGCUGGGCCUUGGUCCGGGGCAGGAUCGCUUCUGCGGCACUAGUCUCGGCGAAGAGAACGUCAUCAUAUCCAACAGCAAGCCCUUCACGUUGAAGGUGAAGAGCAACCACGCCUCAAGUGACAACGCCAUGAACGGCCAGUACGGCUUCUCCUUACGCUACACGCAGCUACCGUGUGUCGUCUAGCACGAAGCCGUGCCGAGCUCUUCGAGUCACCGCGUUUUCCUGUCAUCCUUACAUGGAUACCACCCCUUUCUUUCGCCUCUUUUUAUCCUCCCUACGGGACACCAAUUGGACGGAUGAUCUGGCCCGGUGAUCGUCUUGAGAAGCCGGCUGAGAUUUACUCAUUUACCAAGCCGACAUCAUUGAUACCACUGCAUAUGAAUGGUUGUAUUUAUUGCGCCAACAUAACUCCACGUCCCCCACCUCCCCCAUACCCCGAGCGUUGAAUGUGCAGUGAUAUGUCCUUUCUCACAAAAUGUUGUCAUUCUGUGGUACCGCUCUACUUGCCAUGUUCCUGUUAAAGAUCACAAUCACACUGAAACAAGACCCAGGAAGAGAAUGCCGAGUGUACGAAAUUUUUUUUUAGUCAGAUGCCCAGCUAACACUCAACGCUACUUGUGCUUUCGAAAUCUGUGCUGUGUCUCAAGUAGUAAAACUAAGAUAAUGCAUACUUCCAAGCCAUAUGUACACCGUGACAUAUACACAAUGCAUCAAAGAACGUUACGUCCUUUAAUACUUUGAAUGAUAAAACGGCAACAACCUGAUUUUAAAAGACUGAUACCAUUUGAGUGUUAGAAACAUGCGCGAUACGCGGUGCUUUUGUUGUACUAAGCUCUAUUUCCUGUGUCGUGUUCACCAUCCAUCAUCAAGCGGUGCAGUAUUUAAAAGCGUCAAUCCUUAUUUAAAGCGCCAUCAUAGGGUGCCAAACGUUCCCAGGUAUAAGCGCUAUAUGCGAUGCAUUCACGGCUCUCAUUUGCCGCAUCUGUCAGCGUCCUCGUUAUAUCAGAGGGCUUGCAAGCCGCACGUGUGCUGUACGGUGGCGACACCUAUACCAUUCGAGCUUACUCCCGCUGCAGUAACAGGACUGGUCUCCAUCAGCCGGGACCCUCUGCUCAAGGAAGGCACGCCAACGCCACAGGCGAAACAAAUCACAAAGCGAUGGACAUAUAUGUAUGAUUGUAGUGUGCCUUAGAAGAACGAUAAAUGUGUUUAAUGCUAUAGCUUCGCAUGUGAUGAAGUGUGUCUUUUUGCUUUGCUAACGCUGUAUGCUUUUACUUGUUUUUUUGCCCUGCCUGGCGCACAAGUUGCUAAGUGUUCCCAACGCCACGUUGCGGCGGAAUUCACGAAAGCAACCAUGUUGUUUUGUUGACGUGCAAUGUCGCGUGUUCUCCGCCUCCAAGCUGUUCUUAUAUGCCAGCAGCCUGCGGCGUCUCCUUUUGUGUACCUUUGUUGCCAUUAACGCAUAACACAUGCAGCCAACUUGCGAAGUAUUUGUCGACGUGUAUUUAAUAAAGCUUUUUUUGAGUGA